AUGAAAAAACCAAAGAAAUUUAUUCUCAAUUUAUAUGAAAUCUUAGAAGUAUCUUAAAAUUAAUCCAUAGGAUCCAAAUUUAUAAUAUUUGAUAUAUUGGGUAGAUAAUGGAUAAGCAUUUUCUUUUUAAAGAAUUUCCGAAUUUCAAACUAGAAUUUUGUAAUAAUAUUUUAGAACAUCAAAUGUACAUUCAUUUUUAAGAUAAUUAUGUUUAUAUGGAUUCAAGAUGAGAAAAAAUGAUAGGAAUAAAAAAGAGUAUUACCAUCAGAAUUUUAAGAAAGGACAAUUGUAUGAUAAUAUUAACUUUUAGUAAAGACUUAUUUAGAAUAAAGAGAGGAAAGCAAAUCAUUCAAAUUUCUGAAUAGUAAUUUAGUACUUCAGGUCUUAUAGAAUAAAACAUUAUUCUCUAAGAGAAAUUGAAAUGUUUAUAGGAGCAAUAAUAAAUUAUUUAGCAAUAGUUGAGAAUACAAUGUAAAAUCUAACUAUUGAUAGCUUAAAAAAUUGGGAAGAUGGUUGAUGUAUUUAUUAAAUGAAUGAAAAGGUAUUUUUGGCCUUAAAAGAAUUUCAUGAGAAUGAAUCUUAAUUAAGAUUUAAGUACAAUUUUCUUACAGUUCUUUUUGGUUAUAAGCCUUCAAUGGAGUAUUUGUAGGAAACUUUUAAAGAUAUGAAUAGUCCGAUGCCUGAGUUUCUAUUUUCGCCUAAUGUUUUUCCUUUUAUUUGA